AUGACAAAGCAGGGAGCUGUUCUCCAGGGCUGCAAUAAUGAACUUGUGAAGUAUAUGGAAGACUUAUGCAUUCAGAAAAAAGAAGUAGACCAGCAAAUUGGAAAACUGGUAGAAGACAAGACUAAAAUUCAGUAUGAAAUUGAGGUGUUAACCAAACAACUGGAAAAUGUCUGUGAAAGUUUAAUUUGGAAAAAUACCAUACAAAAGAAGCUUGAUAACGUUCUUGCUGAAGCAGUAUUCACAUAUGACAAGAUCUUGGACAGUUCUAGAAUUUUGCUAAAUGUUUUGAAAAAAGAAAUAGAAAAUUUAGACAAAAAUGAUAGCAUUGAAAAAGCAAUUCAAUGA